CCUGACUGUGGCGCACAGCCACAGCAGGAAAACUGUAAUAAAUGAAAUAUCAUGAAUCGUUCAUGCAAGUGCACAGAGACUUCCAUUAAAUAAAGAAACAUUGAGGGAACUUUUUUUGGUCAUAUCCUUGCAUUUGGAAGCCUUUCUAUUUUCAGAUCAAUCUGUCGAUUUUAUACUUUAAUAGCUGUAACGUGCGUAUACUCCGUAUUAAAUAAUGCGGCGAUCGAUCAUUCUCGACUUUGAAGCACAGGUCUGUUUGUGGUUUUUAUUAAAGUUUUCCGAUACCGUAUCAGAUAUUGCAUGUCUUGUUCGCAUGUCAAUGUUUAUUUGUCAGUGAAUGCGAUCUGUCGCAUAUAGCUGAUUAAGAUUUUUACUUCUGCAGAAAGCUGUUCUGGCGGUAAACUGCGCUGAGGAAUUUGACAGCUUUUGGAAAGCAUCGUCGAACCUGCUGAAAUCUGUGUUGCCAUGCAUAGUGAGUCUUCAACUUAACUUUUUUAUUAUACCACUCGUUCAUGUCGAGCCAUAUAAAUUUUAAACUGACUUAUUUUUAGCGGUAACCUACACGGUUACAACAAAAACACUACAAAAGUGGAUUGUUGCUAAUCGUAAAAUUCCGAGCAUUCUAAUAAGGUAAUAUUAUUACAGCAUCGAAGAAACUCUCCUUCGGUAAUUAUUAUUGCAGGAGUAUUGCAAAAAUCUGAAAAUCUUUACUCUGUGCUUAUUAGGUUUGCCUUGCCUCCAUUGUUUCACUUGGGAUUGUGUGCAGGUGAUAUUCUUGUAUUAGUAGUGUUCACAAAGAUGCGCCUAUUAAAAGUGAGAUUAAAAGUUAAUAUUUGCAACAUCAGCUCGUUUAAUUUGUUACAAAAUGUAAGCAAGGAUUGUAUUACAUGCGAUUUAUUUAUGUUCAGUACACUGUUGCAAGUGUAUUUUAUAUGUGGUUACUUAUAUAUAACGAAUUGUCAACUUGAGUGAAUGUGCAGGGAAGUGACAGAAGCAAUUAAGCCCAUGUUUUUAAUAACUAUGUGCUGACAUAUCACAGAAUUUGCAUUAAUUUUAAUAGCCCUCAGUUUUUUUUAAUUGUUCGAAACAGUUGAUUGCAUGCUGUUAUGUUUAAGAUGCUAGAAUCCUCAUAUCAUCGCAGUUUUUUUUGUAUAAUUUGCAUUGGCUGUCGAGCAGCUGUAAAACAUGUUAAUUUCUGCUAUAGAUAUAUAUUUGAUGCAGAACAGUAUAUAAGCUUGUUCUUUGGUUUGUGGUGAAAAUCCAAUAUUGGUACACUUGUUCCUAAAAUGCAAUAUUUUGCAGGCAAUGAUUAUUUAUAUAAUGCUCCUUGCUUAAUACAGAGCAGGAAUUUUUCCCAUGAGUCCAUGGCUAUAUAUCAUGCUGCACUUUGAAAUUAAAGUGUACCCUCCUUCGAGGGUAUAGUGGAACUGGAGGGGCACUAGAGGCAAAAUAGACGAACUACCCAUUUUCGGAGUGAAAGUGCACUCAUCUGAAUAAUUGGAUGUGUCAUUUUUCCAUAUUGGCCAAUAUCCACCCAAUAUUUAGAUUAAAUAAAGGGGCAAAAAAAUACCUGGGUAUCAGCUCCCGACCGUAAUCUUUUCAUCUGUAGUUUGCAGAGAUCUUGGAGCAAUUUUGCUUGAGCGUUUAACAAUUGUCUGUGCUGUCUGUGCUGCUGUAGAUGAUGUAGAAUAUAACUUGAAGAUGGAAUUUUGAGCUGAAGAUUAUAUACAAUCCCAGACCCAAUUACCAGGAGCCGUACGUUGCAAAAAAUGCAUGUAACUAAUGGAACCUGCCAUGCAGCCCAGAGAUUCUUCUUCAGCUUGAAAUUGCUAUCUACAAAGCCCUUCACCUGUUGGUUCUCUUGAGCGAGAUGCCCAAAAAAUCUUGAUAUUUGCCCGUACAUUAUACUGGCAUCAUCUAUUAUAGAUACAAGAUCUUGUGGUUGGAGCUUGACAACCAGACUCUGUAGCUUGGUUAGAGCGCUGCGCCAGAAUCGCAGAGCCACAGGUUCAAUUCUUGCCAGUGGGCCUAAGUUGCAUUUUUUGCAGAGCUGCUUCUGGUUGGGUCUAGAUCCCCCUCUUACUCCCCCACACCACUUUUGAGAUGCUACUCCGGCAUUUUCCCAAAUUGUCAAAUUGCUAACAUGCAUAUUUAAUAAAACAUGGGAUUCAGUGGUAAAGGAUUACUGCAUUACAGAUCCAUAAGUCUGCUUUUAGAUAAUCUGACUUUCAAAAUUAAUACUAAUUUUCAGAAAUGUGUGGUAGCACUAAUUACUAGUGUUCCAUUCUCAAGUGAAAUGAAAUGUUAUUUGCUGUGUGUGUAUAUCAACAGCUGUAUAUCAAUGUUUAAUGAGUCCCAAAACAGGGUGUGAAUUAACAGCAUACAAAUGAAAAAUCAUCAUGAUACGUGUGAAAAAGCAGUUUUGUUAGCGCUCUACAAUUUCAUGUAAUCAUUUGUAGCGGUAAGGCCAACAUACUUUUCAGUCAAUUUUAGACCCUCAGAAUUGCUAGUUCUGUAGAUAAAAAACUGUCAAAAAGAACUUUCAUUGCAGAACAACUGAAGCUAAAAUUCCCACCCAGCAAAAUGUACAACAGUGUAAACUACUGUACAAGAUUGUAUAAAAUCCAUAGAGUGGCCAUGAUUAUCGCAGGAUGUUUUUAAUUAUAUUCAUUACCAAUUACUAGCUGGCAUGACAAUAUAUUCUAGGAAGUCGCAAGGAACAACACUUCACUUUUAAUUCAAACCAAAAUAUUCUAUUUGUCCUGAUUACUUUUGCGACAUUCACUAAUUUGCUAAAUUGCGGUAUUUGCAGUCAUUUGUGGCAUGCAAUGCAGUAAAAAUUGCUGUCAACUGUUCUUGUCCAGCCGGAGUAUGCCGUAACUACCUAUCGUGAUGAAAUAAAUUCUUUAAUUUAUUAUAAUUAUAAUUUAUUAUCAUACGCACCUGUUGGUGAAACACUGUGUUCAAAUUGGAAACAGACCUGACAAUUUGUUGAAAUAUUACCAUGGAGGAGCCCCCUUAACAAAGCUGAAAUAUUACAAAGGAGCCGACUUAACAAAGUGGACAUUACAAUGAUUCCAAACUCAAAAUCUCCAAUUGAGAUUUGAGUGGGAGUUGCUCUCCUGGCUGGACUUACAGAAGGUUCCCCCUUAACAAAAUGGUGAUUUCAAACUCUCCAGUCUAACCAUUCAACACCAUAUAUCAUGAUAUAUGUGAGAAAAAGUUUAUUGGAACAUCUCAAUUGACAAUUGGAAACAGACUUGAUGUCCUGGUCAGCCUUACAGAAGGAGCACCCUCUAGUUAACAGAGUGCUGAGUGGUCAUUCCAGUGAUUCAAAGCUCUCCAAUCCGACCAUUCAACACCAUACAAGUGAGAACAAAUUUUAUUGCAACAUCUCAGGCUAUCAGCCUGACAAUGGGAAACAGACUUGACAAUUAGUUGAAAUACUACCAUGACACCAUCGAGAUUUGAUUGUGAGUUGAUGUCUUGGUCAGCCUUACAGAAGGAGCGCGCUUUAGUUAACAGAUUGGUCAUUCUAAUGAUUCAAAGCUUUCCAAUCUGAACAUUCGACACCACACAGUCAAGUGAAAAGUAUUUUAUUGGAACAUCUCAGCUUGACAAGUGGAAACAGACUUGACAAUUAGUUGAAAAACUACCAUGACACCAUCGAGAUUUGAUUGCGAGUUGCUGUUGUGGUCAGAAUUACACAAGAUGCCCCCUUGGCAAAGUGGUUAUUUUAUUGGAUUAUCUCACAUGGCGGAUUUUGAGAGAAGGUGUGGGGAGUUUCGCAACUCCCCUGACAUCGUUUUUCACCUCGCCUGAAAAGUCAUGCACCUCCCGUUUUGCUCGGGGUUUACCGCACUGAUAGCCAUUCGUGGCGCUUGCCUGACUAUUAAGAACAUAUUAUAUAUCCCUAAUUUGCAAUGAUAACUGCGAGAAAUAUUAUCAUCCAUUAGCACACAGCAGAAUUUGGGCACUGGCUGAUACUUGACUAGAAAUUGCCUGACUUUAUUUAUUUACUACUUUCUGCAGGAAUAGCGAAUUGGUUGGGUCUAGGAGAGCAUAUCCCAAUACCCUUCUCCUGGAAGGCUUGCACCUUAGGCGCUUGCUCGAUAAAAUAUUUUGCCACUGAAACUUGGCAUCUUAACGUUGGUUGCGUUCAUAAGUUAGCAAAAAAUUGUCUUUCACAACAAUUUAGUUCGACUGAUUCCUCCCCAGUCCCUCAUCCAGUCUUGAAUGGUGAAAUCUUUUUUCCAACAACAGAGUUUACAGGGGGUCGCGAUUUAUUGGGAAAUUCCUAUGAAAACGUGGAAAGCGGUUUUUUACAUCUUAUGCGCGCAAAAUAGAAAUGAAAAUCCGUUUAAAUCAAUAAAUUUAUGAUAUUGAAUUAUCGUCCCUGAAGCGAUAAAACUGAUAUCGCUUCGCCCCUUAUAUGAUAAUCUAUACAUGUACUGUACGUGUGUCUUUAUCAUAGUCAUAAUUUAUUAGAAUAUUAAACAUUGCCCCCAAUGCAACAAUUAUUAAACAGCGGGACAAAAACGGCGAGACGAUGUCAGUAAUUAUAUCGCUUGAGGGACGAUAUCAUAAAUGUCACACGAGUGUAUUUAUUGAGUGAAAUAUUUUUUUUGCAGUUUGCAAAAUUUCUUCGCUUCCUCAAUUUACAUAUGAUUGAAUUUUACUGUAUUAACUAUAAUAAUUUUUUGCCCACCCCCAAUGCAUGUUCGAAAAUCAGAAUUGACCUUCCCAAUAUUGUAUACGUUACCAUAAAAUCGUUUUAAAAUUAGGUUAAACAUGUUGGUUUUGUAUCAAAUCCUGUCUCUGGUGAACUUCAAUCAACGUCAUCUGGUGAAUUUGGUAAAGAAACGUUUGCCAGGUAACUACAACUUAUUAGGACGUUUAUUAGGAUGACUACUGCAACUCGUAUCCAACUUUUUUUGCACGAAUUCGGCCAUAUCAUUUUAUACUUGUUCAGCGCGCAGUAUAACACUCGGCCAUUGCCCAUUUUCCGAACAAAACGCUGAUAUUGCCGAUUGCUCUUGCACGGACAUUAUGACCGUCUAUAUUUUUCAUCAAAAUUAAAUCAUUAGUAUCGGAUGAUGUCCCACCACAAUAUGUGUUAGUCUGGGUCAGACUAAGUUCUGGGAAUUGUAUUUUACUCUGCAAUAGGCCUUUUAUUGGUCACGUGUGUCAAAUCUCAAAAAUCAAAAGAGUACCGGCUCAAUAUUAGUGAAAGUUUAAAGUAAUUCCAGCUUAUAAUAGUUCAACAAAACGUGCCGACCAGAGAAUUGUCCCAUGCAUAUCCUAAGAAAAUAUAAAUUUAAUACCAUUUCUAACCUAUUGUCAGUGUAUUAUGUGCUGAGUAGCAUGCAGUAGCGUGCCUUACUCAACCUUACUCCAUUUACCAUAUAGAUCAAAUUAGAAUGUUCACCAGUUAACCAUAUAGGUAGCGUCAGGGACGCCCUACACCGAAAACUCGACGCAGGACGCUCAAAUUCUGAGGGAAAGGGAAAUUAUUCACAACGAUUUCCCUAGAACCAAAUGACUUCAGUUUUCAAUAUUAUUGUACAUUUGACAUUUUAAUCAAUUUGAAGGUGUACCUCGUUGAAUGAAAAUGUCGUAGUUAAGUAAAGAAGCAUCGCAGCACAAAACGUACAGAGCCAGGGGUGUUUGAAAAAUCUCAAGUGAGCUUUGGUAGGCUGAACAGAUACUGACAUGAAGUAACUAACGACAGUAACGUAAACCUCUAAUACUGUUUGAGAGUCUCAGACCCAAACUUCAAGGCUUUUCUAGAGGAACCUUUUCUCAACACCCCCUACAGUACUGUAUAGAAUCUGAUGUGUUAUACCAAAAGUGGACGCCCUCUUUCAGGAUCCUGGCUAAUUAAAAGACUGAUUCUAUUUUAGAGCGAAACUGAAAAACAAGCUUUGGUCAAGUUAUGGUUUAGAACAAAAUGAUCCUUUGGUGAAGUUGAUCCCUGAAGCCGCACGCCCUCUCAAGGUCGGCAACCAUGGUUAGUAAGCGUAAGGAAAAAUAUGAAGAAGGCGGGAAAGUUUUAUGAAUAGCAAUAUUUAUAACAUGCGAGUUCCUUAGUACAGUAUGUUUGCGCGUUCAUCUACACGAUUCGCCAUUCACAAGGCCAGAAAUCACGGACAUAUUUACUCUACGAUAUUUCCUUACUAAUUUGCAUAUCAUCGAUUCAUAACCCGUUGAAAUAUGGCUUAUGCAGUAAACAGUAAAUUAUGGUUUCCGAUAUUGUAAAUCGCCAAAUCAGAGUAUACGGUAGGUCUUUUGCAAUUUGCCUCAAUUGCUGGUUGCAAAGCAUAGUUUGUAGAAAUAUUUACUGUAAUGUUUGCCUGGCGUAAGUUACUGCCUAUUCUUCAUUUUCGUUUCUUUUUAUUGGCAGUGCAUGGUACGGUAUUCUUAGAGGUAUUCUCUGUACAAAUAUUGAAAAUUCAGAAUGGGCAGUAACUUAAAUCAGGCCAACAUCACACUAAAUACAGUAUUUCGACAGACUUUGUUUUGCAGCCAGCGUUUGAGGCGAGUUGCAAACGACCUAGUUUUUUCUCAGAUUUUGUGAUUAACAGCGUCGUGUUAUAUAAAUCACUGUUUACUGUUGAAGCCAUAUUUCAACGUAUAAGCAAAUUACGAAGGAAAUACAAUUAAUCGUGUCCGUGAUUUCUGGCCAUGGGAAGUCCCUCCAUAUUUUGCUGUCGCCACUCUUUUAUUAGUGAGGCUUAGGUUUGACUUCCACCACUGCUACAUUUUACUAUAUACUGGUAGAUUAUACGCAUCUGAUCGGUUAAUGGUCCCUUGAUGGUAGCGGUAGCGGUAGUGGUAGCAUGUCUAAACCUCACUGUUCUGGAUUGAAUGGUGACUCGGCGACAACGAAGUAGCUACUGAGUACUAUAAUUUUGAUAGAGAGAUUAAUAUGUGAAUGGUGACUCGGCGACAACGAAGUAGCUACUGAGUACUAUAAUUUUGAUAGAGAGAUUAAUAUGUACGACACCGCAAUUAAUACGUAGCUACGACGCCGACUUUCAGCUCAAGAAUGAGCCUUGAGCAAUACGAGUACUGUAAUACAUGUUUGAAGCUUUCUCAAAUAAUGGAAUUUUUGGGCAUCUUACUCUCUAUAUUCAACAAUGUUGAAGGAUUUUAUAGAUUUUCCGAGUGUAAGUUUUAUAUACAUUUAAACCUUACCAGGAACGUCUGGUUAGCGAAAAAUGCAACUCGCAGGUGCAGGGCUGGAAAUAAAUAUUUGACUUGACAGAACAUUUAUCUGAUCACUUUUAAUUUUGGUCGGACAUAACUUGAAUUUGGUCGGACAAAAAGCAACAUCACUGAAUUUGGUCGGACAUAUAUACGUCACAAGAUAAGUACAAGUCACAAGACAAGUACAUGUAUAUGUAUGCCAUUCCAGCGCAACGUUAAGUAAGAUUAAAACGCCUCGUAAAUUUUAUUGCAAAAUGGCAAUUGAGUGAAUUUGCAAUCGGAUUUUAUCACAGCAAAAAAUGUAUAAUGUGACAAUUUUUUUUGUGAUCGGACCAAUGUUCGAUCAAAAUUACUUUUGCUCGGACAUUUGCCAAAUUUAGUCGGACAUUGUCCGUUGUCCGACAGUAAUCUGCAGCCCUGAACCUGACGGAAAAAUUAUAUUUUUAUACUCUAUGUAGUGUACUUCUGGCCAGUGAAUGCAGAUAAAGGAAAAGUGGUUAGUCUGUAUGUGGUAGGUCCUGCUUUUCUUUAAGAUUUAUCAAUAUUUACGAAAGUGAAUAACUUUAAAAUUUAUACUGUAUCAAUAUUCUCAAAUCAAAUUUGAGUUUUUCUCUGCAUGCUAUACGUCCGAAAGUUCAACAGGAAGUAUAUUCUUCAAUAAAGACUUUCGAAUAUACUGUAAUGUUGAACGGUUUGGUGCCAGUGUAUAGGUAUAGACUGUAGUGCCAAUAAUAACAAACUUUCAUUGGUAGGGAUGCAACGUACUAUCUGGAAAAUACAAAGCGAAAUUCGAUGUUAGUGACUUCACGACGAAGGGCCUUCGCUCGUAACGUCGAAUUUCACUUUUUCAGAUGGUUGCAUCCCUAGCAACGAAAGCUUGUCAUACCGUCGAACAUACUGAUUCAAAUAUUUGACGAACAACAUCGCCAGGAACACGGUCAAACGGGAGCGCGUGUUUCGUCCGCGUGUUAGUUUUGGUUUUGCCUUUUGGUUAUGAGCAGUACUAUACAGUACUUUAAGAGUUAAGACUGCUUUCCAGUUUAUACGUGCAUGCAUGUGCGCACGUGAAAAAGAUUAAAUCUUUCUAAAUUUUAUGUACGUACUAAUGACAUCAAUAAAUGCACUUUAAUUAAACAGAGCUAAAUCCUGUCCUUUUAUUCAAUUAGGUAUUUCAUAUAUAGGUAAAAUGUGAAAGGAUUUAAAUUUUUCGAUGCGUGCAAGCACGUACGAAAAACGCUGAACUGUCACGGAAAGCAUGCAUCCUGAAUGAUAUGCAUGCAGUAUAUCAUUUGAACAUAUAUUACGAUUUGUAAAACAUAUAUGUUUCUUUAGUAGUUUACCAGGAGCUCGAAUUUUGCAAUCGAAACCCUUACACUAUCAUUUGAAGAACAUGAUAGAACUGUUAUACUGUAUAUAAAAUUAAUGUACCAAUGCAUAUGAAUUUAGACAUUAUUGUAAAUGCUUUGUAUAUAUGCAUAGUAUGCAUGGUAUGCAUAGCAUGCAAAAUAUUAUGACUCAUGGUGUUGAUCCCUAUUUAGAUAGUUACGUCCAGGAAAUUGUCAGAUGAAGAAGAGUCACAACUUGAGUUCUUUGAGAAACAGGUGAAAUAAUUAAAUAUAAUUGAUUUAGAUGAUUGACUAUUUAAAAUAUGUUACAUUGCAAUUGGGCUCUUACAAGACUUGGAUUGAGCAUUGAAAUUUUUAUGAAUUUUUAGAUUAGUAUAAGCUAUGAAAACGUGCUCCGACGGCGUCCCAAUAUCAAGCAGAAACAUUUUGAAGUAUUAGGUAUGUUUUAGAACACUUACUGGAAAAAAAUGAAAUCGCUACUGGAAUUUGCAGUUGCAUCACUAAAUUAGUAUAUCCAUACUAUAUCCAUAGACAUAGUAGGAAAAUUGCAACAUUAGUAUAUGAAAAUUGGAUAUCCCUACCUCAUAGUAAGGAUUUUGAAAAACAUUCCCAAUGACUAUAGCUAUAUGACAUAGGCCACUGAUGCAACUAUACACUUAGUCUAGUAACCUGUGUCCUACUACAAAAAAUGUAGUUGGAAAUCUGUAGUAAAGUCCUGUGAAAUGUUUGUUGCAUGUAGAAUUCAGUGGUGCCUAAAUUACUUUGAAUUUGUACUUGAGUAAAAGUAGAAGUAAUUAACAAUAAAACGACUUGAGUAAGAGUAAAAAGUACAGGAGGCAAAACCUACUUAAGUAAAAAGUACAAAGUAUCCUUAAAAAAUACUUGAAGUAAAAAGUAAAAGUACUAUUGUCUGUAGCGUAUAGGCGGGGGCGGGGGGGUCUCCAAUGGGUUGACAUACAAAAGAGACAAUUAUAUAAACAGCACACGCAUUAUAUGCGUGAACCGAAUAUACAAUAUUUCACGGCAUGGUCUACUUUCCAGACCCCAUUAAAAAUAUAAGAAAUCCAUUAAAUAAAUAAUGCUUAUAGUACAAGUAAGCCACAAACGAGAAAUCCCAGACGCACGUAGAGGUCCUAUAUAUUACCUAUCCCAAAAUAAAAUUAAAUUAGGAAUAAAUCACGUAAGAUUGAAUAAAAGUUAGAAAGUAACGAAAUACUUCGCCACAAAAUGAAAAUAACGAAGUAAAACGUUACUUUUUAAGACGACUUCGUUCCAAGUAAAAGUACUGCAGAAAAAGUUUACUUUGUUACAUGCAAAAUGUUUACUUUGUUACAUGCUGACUUCUCAAAAAUAGUACUCAAGUACAGUAAACGAAGUACAUUCAAUUCGUUACUUGACACCACUGUUGCAGAUACAUACCUUCGUUCAGCCACUCAUUAAGUAACCUUGGCCAAAAAUAAGCUACUUCGGCGAUCCUAUUUAUUGUGACGUGGAUCCUACAGUAUAAUCUAAUAUGUAAACUUAAAUCUAUGCUUUUCUGAAUUUAUUCAAAAGUUUGAUGUUCCGAUCCGCGGUAAUCUGAUUUCCGGAUCAGCAGAGCAUGGGUUGCAUUGGCAUAGACAGUACUAAUAUGUUCUUUGACAUUGGCAUAUAUAAUAAGUUCAUUCACUACCAAAUUGGUAAACGCAACGUUUAUUUAUUAUUGAAAAGCUUUCAAUCCGUAAUCCCGAAUCUUCAUUAGUGCUAAUAGUAUUAAAAAUUUGCAGGGUGUAUAAAAAAGUAUACAAUUGUAAAAUGACCAUGCACUCAGUAAAAAAAGUAAAAAAUCCGCAAAAAUUUGAAGAAUUUAUGAAUAUGCAUGGAUAUUAUAUACAGUCUUCUCAUUCCCUAAUACUGAAACUAAGCUGAAAAAUUACCUUCUUAGUUCAGGAAGGCUGUCUUUAAUUAAAAACACAUUAAAAUUGGCAUGCGCACAAAAAUAAAAGCUUUAAAACACAAUUUGAGUUCCUAUAGCCAUAGGGCACAAGCUUCGAAAGUGUUUAUGAACUAAAAAAAAACAGUGUUAGAAAAUGCCUGGCGCAAGGAAAUAUUUGACAAAAUAUCUUCACAGGAAAUCUUAUAUUUUGCAGGAAUUUUUUGUGGAAUGAAAUGUACAAUACAUGGACAAUACAUGGAAUGCCAUGUACAAUAUUUAAUAUAUUGUUUACAAAAGCGUUUUGCAAGUCGAGAUUAUACAGGAAGUUUUAUAUUUGACUUACACAGGAAAUUUAGAUUUUUGGAUUUUGCUGCUAGAAAGAAAAAUAUUUACGGGUAUAACUGGGAACUCUACUUCUGGCUUCCUUGAGAAAGGAAAUAUACAAGCAUGCAAAUUCUCACCCCUUCAGAUGGAAGAUAUAAUUAUAUUAAUAAUAAUAAUGAUUUCACCCAACUCUAGGUGGAAUGUACGAAAAAAGUUUUGCGCUUCUGUCUGAAAGAAUCAUUGAAUAUGUAAGUAUUAGAUAUGAAAAACCAGUUUCAUAUUAAUCUAUUAUUAUGAAUGAGAUAUGAAAAACUAGUUUCAUCUUAAUAUGAAACUAGUUUUUCGUAUCUCUGAGGGUGGUUCUGAAGUAUUAGAUAUGUACACUGUAUACUAUUACAUGAUAGCGAGAAAUACAGUACCUGAUAAACUUAUGGACCUCGCCUAAUAAAAAGAAACUACUUCCUGUAAUUGUUAAAUCUGGAAUCUAGAUUAUACCAUUCAAUCAAUCAGCUUGCCCGGUGUGGAUGCACACUCAGAGUAACAUCACAAACAUCAUAUUCACCUAAGUACAUAACACCAGCACACACAAGAAAAUUACUUUUAGAAAGGUUGAAAAAGACACUCUCCGGUGGAUAGCGCUAUCCGGCCAAAGUCAAGCCAUAUAUAGUUAUUGCCAUAAACAACAGCAAGUGAAUAUGUUCAAUCCACUGGUCAGUCUCAGACAAUCGAGAGGAACUUUCCUGCAUGAUUAGUGUCUAAUGUCUGUCGUCUCAUGACACAAUUGAUCCCACGGCCUCGUCAAUGCAAAGAAUUUUGACUCAAAAACGUGGGAAAAAUAUGAACAUUGAGUAAAAUUACUCAACUUUAUGUGCAAUUUUUAGUGAUGUACAUCUUUACUCAAAAAAUUGAGUAAAUUUGCUCAUAAGUUUGAGUGAUUUUUCAGUUAUUUUACUCGGUGACGUUUUUGAGUCGAAAUAAUAUUGGGAUUUUUGCAGUGAUAUUGGUUAAAGUUUCAGACCUCAUGGACUAUAUUUUCAGUCUCUUAAGCUUAGCAAGAUUGCUCGUUAUAUUUUCUAUCCUUAGCUGCAAGAGGUCACCGAAGCAUCCUCUGGUCUGAUCUUGGCUGUUGAUUCUGCUUCUGAUGAACUAUAUCAUAAGGUAAAUACCAUAAUUGAUACUUUAGUAUACAUUCACAAAGUACAUUCUGUAUCAUACUGCUCACGAUUUCGAAGAAUGAGUGUGUUUAGGACCGUCCCAAAGCGGACUUCCCAUACGUGCACGCGCGGAUACCAAAAUGAUAAUCGCAAAUAAUGGGUGGGGACAAAAAAAAAUGGACAAUGUAAAACCAACUGUAAAAUGAGUUUGAUCGACACAUCUAUUUGGAGCUCACAAGAAUUACAAAUACGAAAUGGCAUUACCUCGUACAUACGGAAUGACAAAAGUGCAUUAGGAAGCUUAUUUAUAGAGAAAAUAUAGAGAUAGAAAUGUCAGAUGGAGUAAAAAUCGCUUUGGACAAGCCAUCUAUAAACUGCCGUGGAAGUAUACACUAUAUUAGUGUGCCUACAGUGUUCAUGCCGAUGCCAUAAGUCAUUUGGAGAUAAAACGUCAAAAAGAAUUCUCUCAUGAUGGUACCAACACCUUACCUUUGAUAUAUUUCCUUAAUUUAUUUGUAGCAAUUUCAAAGACAUCUCUUGUCAAUGAUAGUCGCACAAAUUUAUCAAAUUCCAUUUGCAGCAGAUCCAUUGUAUUUCUUUGGGACAAUGAUAAUAACCUGAAUCUUCAAAAAAGUUUUUUUUUUAUACGAGAGAGUGCACAAAUCACGUUGUUUUGUCUAUUGUGCACAUUGUAGGCCAAAAAUGCUGGUUCUAGAAUUGCCACCUGUUAACAACAUAUAUGUCGUAUGAUAGUCGCGAGUAAACAAGCAUUCACAGUUUCACUUAAACUUUUACACCAAAUGAAAAAAUAUAGGAUACGUAGCCAGGUUGAAACAUUAUUUAUUGAACGUUCUCUGAUUUAAUAUUUAUUUCUACGAGCUUUCGGCUAUCAGUCUAUAGCCUUCGACGGGUGUAUACAAAUGAUUCUAUAAAGGACGCUAAACUUAAGUAGGUGGUAUGAAAUCUGAGACUACUGAGACUAUCUAUGCUAUGUUAUAAAUGGGUAAUAUGAAUACUUAAUUAAUUAAUGUUUCUUGAGUUCCUUUCUUAAAAGUAUUGUGUAUUGUGCUGGAAGCGUAUUAGAGCGUCGAAGGCUAUAAUAGACUGAUAGCCGAAAGCUCGUAGAAAUAAAUAUCAAGUCAGAGAACGUUCAAUAAAUAAUACACCAACGUUUGCCUGGUACAAAAGGCUGCACAGUGUGCUCAGAAAUUUGUCCACAUUUUUCGUCUCUACCCGUCUCAUCAACCUCCUUCAGUGUAUGUGGAUGGUUGCGUUCCACUUCUGUGAAAACAGUCUUUAUCAGUUGAUGUGUUGAAUUAACUUGGGGCAUGCUUAAAACUGAACAAAAAUGUUUUAAACUUUUUCUUAAUUGUAGUUAUACAAUUCAUAUUCUUAAUCUCUUCUGGAGUCCAUUCCACCAGAUUCUUCUCUCAUGCAGAUGUAAUUCCUUUAUUAGUUGAUCUUAACAGUCUGUUAGGUUGAUACGGAGUUCAAAUAUCACAUAAGUACCUUUGUGCUGUACCAUUUAGCGCCUUUAAUGUCAGUCUUACAGGGGGCAGUUGUAUAAAAAAGUGAUUAAAGUUAACUAUAGUUAGUGCAAACGUCAUCCAAUAAGAAGCGCGUAUUUGAGAAUUAAUCACUAUUUAACUACAAAAUAGUGAUUAAAAAAGUGAUUAAGAGUUUUAUACAACCGGCCCCAGGUCACCUUCUUUGGCUUUCUGCAGAGAAUCGCUACUGCGCUACUUUAAUAUAAGGUGUCAAAGGUGUCAAGUUGACAAACAAUAAAAUAAUUUAUGAAUUAAUCAGGAAUUUUUAAAAUCGCGGUCCUAAUAUAUAGGCCCCCGCCCUCCCCCCGUUCAUUCCUCUGUUUCGCCCGUUUUGGUAGUAUAUUUACUCCUCUGCAUGUAUAUAGGAGUAUAGGCACCCUCCCCGUCCCCCCGCUCAUUCCCCUGUUUCGUACGCCAGGUCAAUUCUGCAUAACUAUAUAUUGAUUGAUAAGUCUCUAUAUUAACUGAUAUUUUCAAAUCGAUAUUGUAGGUGAAGCGUGAUGACGGUGAGCUGGUAGAAAAUAGGUUCGAGGUAAUUUUUAUAGGGUUAAGUCGAGCUCUGCGGUUAACCAAAAGUUUCGGUCGAACCGUUCCUUUCAUAGAACCGGAAGUAUGCAUCCAGCAUGCGCAAAAGAACCGGUGGUUUCGGAAAUUUCGUUAACCUGACGAAAAAUAUAAAUGAAAUGUUUAAGGAAUUUCUAAGGAAUUUAAUGUUUUGUUGUAAUAUUACUAAAAACGGCUCUUUCUUGGCCGUUAAAAAGGCGCAAACAAAGACAUUUUUUUGAUAAUCUUUUUCAUAAUCAAUGGAGAUGUUUUUGUUUCAUUUAACUUGUUAUAAGUUGUUAAUUUCGAAGCUAUAUUAUACAAUCUAUUGAGCAAAUGGUUGCAAUUGUUUUUCUUUUGAAAAUGCCAACACUGAACCAAGGUUCUUCCAUCCUAAGAAGACCGGAACCGAUAUGAAAUUUCUGGAACCGCACAGCUCUACAGUUCAGCGUUUUUCAUACUUACGUAUACACACGAAAAGUUUAAAUUUUACCUAUAUGAAAUAUAUAAAUAAAUAAAUUAACAGAACAGCACUUAGUCGUGUGUAUGAUUAUAUGUGAAUUUGUUGAGGUAAUUAGUAUUUACCGAAAAUUACACUCUCUGUGAGUUGAAUACGAUGUUUUAUUUUCUUUUUAUCAGCGCAAUUAGUAUUUGUUGCUUGUCUUUUAAUAACCAUUUCUUUGGUAUAGAAUCUAGAUUUCCAAAGUGUCGAAAUUUUGAGAAGCACCCUACAUGUGCACUGAAUUGAUUAUUAUUUUAAGUCCACUUUGAUCCAAAAAUGUUUUUCAGUUGACUGGGACACUCUUCGAGAAAGUUGUCAAGACUGGAUCCAAAGUAAAUCUUUCCAAUAUAACCUCUGUAAGUGCAGUUUGUAGUUUUACACUUUUACGGAGAAAAUCCAUUCCGUUGCAUCACUGUACUCACAUGCGCAUACAGGCAAAUUUAAUAUUCUAUACCAGCUACAAUUAUACAUUGUUGCUGCAUGCACGCAUUAAUUAGUAUACACGGUGUAAUAUCAUGUGAUGGCGAGUACAAUUAAGGAUUAACAGUUCGAGUCAUGUUUGAAAAUUCUGCCAAAAUUGGACGAGCUGCCAGAUUGAAUUUUCUCACCCAUGCUUUUCAAAACUCAUUGUACUGUUUCUUUACAUGAAAGCAUUAAUUCUGGAUACUCGCUGCAUGCGUUCAGUUCCAAAUAUUAUAUCGGACUAUUUUUUUUAUGAAACUCUUGAAAUUGUGAAAGAAAAGGGAAAAAAUCAUGCUCUUGCAUGUUGAACCGCCAUUUUGAAUACUUUUGUUCAAAUUUGUUUGUUCAGUUUAUAUUAAUUGUACUGGGCAAUACAGUAAUUGUACGCCACUCAACCAAUAAGAAUUCAGUAAAUUUGUCAUUUAAAUAAUAAAUUAGUCAAUUACCAUUUAAUUACUUUUGUUUCCAUUAGGUAUCACCAUGUCAUAACAUACUAUCCACAUUAACAGGUUCGUUCAUUUUGUUCAAAACAUCCAUUAUAUUUUAACUCGUUAUACAAUAUUUCACCAUAAGAGCUGCCAUUGAAGAGUAGCUUGCGAGAAGUGAGGUUUUAUUGGUUGUAUCUGAUUCAAAACCAAUUGGAUUUUUAUAAGUGAAAGUGACAUUUGACUGUUGAAAGUGACGCUUGUAUGACUGUUUCAUUUUCUAGACGCUGCUGUGAAGUCACUUUUGUGUGUCCCUGUCGUUCAUGGCCAAAGUAAAGAGAUAUUUUGUGUUAUUUGUCUUUUCAACGAGAAAUCGUCAGAAAGGUUAGUUCUCUUUAAGAGAUUGAUUGUUUUGGAUUUGUUUUAUUUUCUAAGUUACCUGUUUUAUGACUACGAUUGUUUUGCCAUUUGUGUCUAGUUUCUCGCAGUUGAUAGAAGACACUGUUUGCUCCACAUGUGAUUAUUUCUAUGCUCAACUUUUCAAUGCAUUAGAGUGGGAGAAGGAACUCGUUUAUCGUCGACAACAGGAGGUACAUGUAUCUAUAAAUCGCAUGGAUGUAUAUCAUUUUUUUGAAACGGAACAAAAAUGUGCAUGUAGGCCUAUAUAAUAUAUAUACACAGCUACUGUAUAUAGUGUAGAGCGAUAUUUAAUAAUUUAAACAAAGUUUAUGGUAAUGUAGAAUGUCCAUAGUGACAUAAGACCUAUAAUAAUAGUAAUUAUUGUUUACAAUAUUCCAUUAAUUAAUGUCAUUAAUUAUAUACUUUACUUUAAAUUUACUUUUCUAGCAUCUAUUAAAUGUUGCGAAGAAUUUAUUCAUUCAUCUUGGUAAGAGAUAACGUAUUUUGGUUCGGGUUUUUUCUAGGCAUUUGUGAUAGAGAUAACGUAUUUGUGGUUCGGUUCAUUCGGGUACGGUUGCCUAUAGUAACAUAUCAAUUUUAUAACAUAACCUAUAAUUCGUUUAAUCAACCACAGAAUAAUUUUAAUUCAAAUACAUGUAUAUCGAUAUUCGAUACGUUGAGCGACCAACAUCUAAGGUAACGACUAAUGAUACUGUACGUAACAACUAUUAAUUUUUAUUAUUUUAGAUGAUGUGACUGUUCUUCUCACCGAGAUCUUACAAGGAGCUAGGAACUUAAUUCAAGCUGAAAUGUACGUAUAAACUAACGCCUAUGUAUAAUUGCGACUGAAAAGGGGAUUGUAUUGUUGCUCCUGAAAAUCUGCUAUAAUUGUCCAAUGUGAUCAGAUUGAUUUUCAUUGCCAUUGGUUUCAUUGGAAGUACAAUUGCAACCUGUGCUCGAAAAGAUGAGACUUUUUUGAGACGUGACUCAAAUGAGCGUAUUGUAUUGGUCAAGUGUGCUUUGAUAUCGUCUUUAGAUAAGUUUUCCCACUUUUUGGUUGAUAUAAAGAUGGCUUGUUCCUUUCUCGUGAGAACACGCUAUUAGUAACUGGCCGAAAUAUGGAAUUUUUACAUAAAAUCAAUACACGACAUAGAGCUACAUCUGUAUCAUGCAGUGGAUGAGCAAACACGUCAGUCUGCAUAUUCAUAGAAAAUCCUCUAUUUUUGGAAGCUUUGGAAGCUUUUCUUGGUUUCUUGGUUUUUCUCAAUGAUUUAGUGAUUAAUAGUUUCAUUUCAACAAAAUAUAGGAAACUUAGUGAAGAACCUCAAACGAAACUUGCUAUAGUGAGCUGGCUUUUCAUUAUUUAUAGAUGUUCGUUGUUUCUAGUGGAUAAAGAACGACAGGAACUCGUUUCUAAAGUAUUCUUCAAUAAUACGGGACACGAAAAUGGAGAAAAAGAGGUAACAAGUGUAAUUACUUAUCUUGCAUCGUUUGCUGGAUUUUGAACAAUAAAAGCAAAAACCCCGAAGCGUCUUUGAUCAACCUAAAUCAAAGACACACACACAGCGGCCUAACCAGGGUGUUAAUAAUAAUAAUAAUAAUAAAAUUUCUAUGGCGCAUAUACAUUGCUGUUCUAUAUGCGCUUGUUGACAAUGGGGGAGGGUGACAACACAAACAUAGAUUUCAAAGGGGUUGAAUACUAGGGGUCCUGGACAUGCUCCCCGGAGAAAUUUGAGUUUCUUUAAAAUUUGCUUUAAAGAAUACCUCUACUGACUGUUGAGUAAAACAUUGUGUUUGACGAAACCCGCAGCUAUAUUUAAGCCUGGUUUCCAUAUGGUUGUAACUGUCGCGAACGUGUCGCCACUGUGUCGUGAAGUGUUUGUCGGAAGUGAUUUUUAUGCUUAUUUCUAUAGUUAUGUAACUGUCGCGAUACUGUCGUGCACUGUCGCAAUUUCGUACCCAGAGGUCGUACAAACAGCUGGCGGCAGUUUUAAAAAGACAAACACGGUCCUCCAAAGGGGAGCUUUGCCCCUCCCCUGAUUGUCGCAAAACUGUUGCCACACUGUCGUUUUUCUGUUUCCAUUACAACAUAACCGUCACGACACGUUCUUAGCCUGUCGCAACUGUCGUCGCAGACGUUGGGAUAGAAAUCGAGUCUAUCUCGACAACACUGUUGUAACUGUCGUGAACUGUUGCCAGCGUGUCGCGAUAAGACUUUUCUUCAUGUUUCCAUUUGGUCGCGAACACUACUCUGACGACAGUUACAACACGUUCGACAGUUACGACCAUAUGGAAACCAGGUUUUAAUACAGAAAUUUGCUCGUCUGUAACCGGGACGAAACGGGAAGUCAUUUUGUUUUUGUCCGGAAGUGAAUAGUGCAAGGAUAUCUGGAGCUGAGCAACCAAUCAAAUUGCGUGAGAAGCACUAUCCACUUCCCGAAUACAUGCUAAUUAUCGAUAAUGCAAUAUACAGUACGUACCUAUUGGUCAUUUCUGUUCGUAUACACGAACUGACUGAAAACCUCGGUCAUGCGUGUAAGGUUUCCUAUUAACUUAAUCAUGUACAACAGUUAACGUAUAAUUUCAUAUUAUAUGUUUUUCAGGAAGCGAGAGAAGUUAGAGUCCCACUGGGACAAGGCAUCGCCGGACAUGUUGCUCAAACUGGUAAAUUGAAAAUUCAAUACCUUUCUCUUUCUGACAGUAUUUGAAGGGUCAAUCACCCUACAAUAUGUCAUUUGAUACACUGGAAUGCGUACAUGUAAGGUCUCGUUAUAAAAAAGGGCAGAAGACUUAAAGUUAAUAAUAAAACUGUUGCAUUUUUCUUAGGUGUAAUGUUAAACAUCAAAGAUGCUUAUUCUCAUCCUUUAUUUUGUCGAGACGUUGACAGAGAGACUGGCUUUAAAACCAAGUAAUAAGGGUUAUUAUACUACUAUUUUUAUGCUAGAGUUAACAUUAUUAGCGCGAAAACACUAUAGCCAAUCGAAACGCUGGUACGGUAAUAUACCAGGGGUGAAAAAAUCGUCCGACAAAUCAAAACGCUGAGACGAUAAAUUUCACAUGCGAAAAUAUCGUCCGCCGUGAUGAGGACACGAUUUUUAUUUCACCCAUCUAUACAGCUUACAUAUCUUUCCAUUAGUUGAAACAUAGUUGAAUUCACAUUAGAGACGGGAAACUCGUCUAAUAUAAAUCCGGCAGCAGACGAGUUUUUUCCGUCUCGACUUUUCUGUCCAAACAGAAAUCCAAUAAAGAUAAAGCGUUGCCAAGCAAGCGAAAACUUGAACUAGAAUUAUCGAGAUAAACAUAAUUAUAUAUUUUAUAUAAACCUUACAUAACAUGUCAGACGGAUUUAUAGUUCAGACGCGGGAUUUCAUGGACGAAUUUCCCGUCUUAAUAUAAUUCGGCUAUCGCCUUCCCAGUGUAGUUUAAACACAUAUACUGUACUGUAUGUAGCGGCUACCGCAUCACCAUUCAUGCAUGCAGACUAUUAAUAUUUUUUUUUGUUUUAUUUUAAGAAAUAUCUUGUGCUUUCCUAUCAGAGACGAAAAAGGUUCGAUUUAAUUGUUUGUAAUGUUAUACUUGUAGUUUGUACAUUUAUGUAGUUGAUUUCAUCAUACUAUUACUACAUUUUAAUUAUGUAGAAGUUAUUGGUGUUGGACAACUGGUUAAUAAAAUUAAUGGUUAGUGACGACUGAUGUUUUGUAUCUACAUACAUGUACACACAUUUUGAUUCCUACAAAUUAGUUCACAGCUUAGACAAACUUUUAUAGUUUCAUAUACUAUCUAGUAAUAAUUUCUUCAUUUAGGUCCAGCUUUCACCCGUAUUGACGAAGACUUAACAAAAGCAUUUGGAAUUUUUUGCGGGAUCAGUAUUUGCCAUGUAAGCAUAAACCCCAAGAACGUCACAAGCAAGGGCGCCCUCAUCUAAGAGACCAGUCUUAAUUUAUGGCGUGGGGCGGCACCAAAGAGAAAUGUGAUCCAACCGUUAAAACGUCUGAUCCAACCGUUAAAAAGUCUCUGGUGGCCCCCUUGGUCUACAGGCCUUUCCAUUUGGUAUAAAAUCUCGUUUUUCGCGUGGCCGAUAAAGUAAAAAAUACAAGUCAAUACAUUCUGUUGUACAGUGUUAGGGGUGUAUCACUCCAAAAAAGUGUACGGGAUUUCUGGGAUUUGUACGGGAUUUUUUUAGAGAUUUUGAGGGAUUUUUUACGGAUUUUGAGGGAUAAUUGUUAGGGACUUUUUAGGAUUUUUUCUGAGGUGUACGAGAUUUCUUGGAGUGAUACACCACUCGGUCCAAUGCAAGUGUGACCGGAGUGGAGAUGAGGGGUAGAACAUCUUCCUUCAGGACAUGUUUUUUCGUUUGGUCGCAGCUAUCGGGGCUAAGUCGUGUUGGAAAUUAUUGAUCAUCACUGAUUAGACACAGACCGUAUUUACUCGAUUAAGCGUUGCCUAUGAGUAGUAUUACAGCAAAAAUAUUAAAGAGCGCCGCCCUCGAAUAAGCGCUACACUUAGACUGCGUUCAGACUACGCCUGAGCGAAAUAAUAUCGGCGGAAUUUACGUCAUAUGUUCACCACUACGCCGUUACAGUUUGUUUACAAAUUAAAUUGGCACUCAUGUAAACCCAAAAUAUUUCAAUUAGAGCAAAUAAAUUUAAACGAAAAGUAUUCGAAUUUAAGCGGUUCAAAAAAGUAACGGCGUUUGUGUUCACAUGAAGCCGCCAAUCACUCCGUUUUCAUCUCGCUCCAUUGAGAAACCGUACUCAAAUUAUAUUGCGGCAAAAGUGACGUUUUCAAACAAUUUCGCUCGGGCUUCUGACUUUCUGUGCCGUUUUCAAACCUCUCCGGCGUUGCUCCGGCGUAGUGUGAACAUAGUCUUAAUCGAAGCAUCGUUGUUCGAGAUCAACCACAUGCAGUACAUGUCAGUCGUUAAUCAGCCCCAGAAAUUUCUUCAAGCUCCUUUACAGGGCUGCCGAGAGGGGGGCAGGGGCGGCCCCCACCUUAAUAGGGCCCCAACUUGGGAGUGAGAGCUUAAAAUUGAGUAGGUUCUUUAAAUUGGUCAGAGCAUUUUUGAAAUUGAGGGCCCCUUACAGUAGCUCCACAUGCAGUCUAGCUAAGGUCUAGUUGGGUGACUGACUUAGGUCUAGCUUAAAAUUAAUGAUGUCAUAGGCCCCCAGAGAAGAUUUGCCCCGGGCCCCGCGAAUUCUCUCGGCGGCGCUGCAGUCCUGUAUUAUCCUUUUUUUAAGGGCAAAGUUCUAGAACUUUGGAAAUACGCAGCUCCGUUGUGAAGGUAGAGACAAAUAUUUUCAUUUUUAAAGAGCGCCAUCCUCAAAUAAAGCGCCUCGAUAAAACGAGUAAAUACGACUUAUCGUCACUCUAUACACCAGCAAGCUUUAUGGUUAAGGUGUGUUUAAGCCUAAGCUUACACCUAUAUGUUUAAGGUGUGAAAAAUUGUGAAAAUAACACGUGGUAAAACUGGUUUGAAUCCCAUUGACUUUAUUGUAGAGUCUGUUGUACACGAAAGUGAUGGACGCUCAAAAUCGAGACAAGAUCACGAAUGAGCUCAUGAUUUAUCACAUGAAGGUAUGUAGUAUCUAUCUUGCAUACUUGCAUACAAUUUAUUAGUUAUCCCUCAUAUAGAGGGCAAAAUUACUCAAAUAUGAUUGGCUAGUGAGGAGGCAAAAUUAUUUAUACCUCGUGAUUGGCUGACGCAAGCGCAUUCUUCUCUUAAAGAGCGAUGAAAGCAAUGUCUUCUUGCUUUAUCGUUGCGGAUAAUGAUGUUAUUGAAGAAUUAAAAACUUCUAGUGAAAACUCGAACACUAGAAAAAGUACAUAUUCAUGGGUUGGAGUAUUUAAGAAAUGGGCAGCAUUAAGGAACAUCGGCGAAGACAUGGAGACAUGUACGAGGUUCAAGACCUUGACAAGUUCACAAUUUGCUUAAUACGAAUAAGUAGUGCCCUUUAUGAUUAACACGUAAUCGCAUAGUUCCUCGUAAGAUUAAGGUUUAAUUUAACUUGUGUUUUCAAAGUUUCACAAAUUGCCCUGCGAUUCCGGUGCGGUGUUCUCAGAGAAACAGUUGUGGAGUUCUAACCACAGGUUCAUGGUAUUAAUAGCAUGGUGAUACCAAUGUACUAUAUUUCGCAACUGAUCCUGGUUAGGUCUAAUAAAUGUGUGUAAAAAUUCCACUCGAAAUUCCAUCUAUACAAAUCCCUUCAACAAUCCGUUACAUCUCGUGAUAUGCCCAAAAUCCUGGUAUUCUCGACAUAUGUUUGCAUGUUUAUUCCUUGUUCUUCACUUCAUUUGCUUUGUUUACUCCUGGAUUUAUUCACCGUUUCUACAAUUGUUUUAUGUAUGCAGGUCACUCCAAAAGAUGUCCAGUACUACUCUUCGCAAAAGAUUCCAAAACCACAAGAAGUAGAUGAAGCCUUUAGGCAUAUACUUUUUCGACCACGACUAGCGCCGAAACUAGAGUUUGUAAAGGUACAGAAACACUGCUAACUUUGUUAUGGUCUGUGCCAGUGUAGGUGCUGCCAAUAAUAAGAAAGUUUCGGAAUGAUCAUGAUGUAACUACCUGUAAAUGCAAGGAGAACUGAACGGACGAAGGGCCUUCGCUCGAAACGUCGACGUUUUCCUUGUCUUUUUGAGGUAGUUGCAUUCCUAUCAACUCGAAGCUCUCUUAACUUUGUUAGUUUUACUAUUUUAACCAUAAAUAUCGAUACACUGAAAUAGAACAAGACUUGUAUUGAUAAAUUUUGACUGCAUCGCUCUUCCAAAUUUUCGCCCCUCGUUAUACAUAUCUCCAAGUUUCGUUCGAAGCAUUAAAAAGGUAAUUGACACAAAGAUGAAUGGCUAUCACUUUUUCAAUUGGACAGAAAAGCAUUGUUGCAAACUGUAGACUUAAAUGUCCACUUUGAUCAAUCGUUUGACCUCUCCCAAGGGAUUUUUUAGGGAGAUGGGGGCAUGGGAUUUUUCAGGGGGGGGGGGGCAAUAUCUUAGGCGAAGCGGGAAACGAGUGGUGGGGUGGCGCGCACCUCGCCUCAGAAUCCGGUCAUGAACAAUAGUUAAGCAUACAAAAUUUUAACUCGAUGGGCUUAAGCUAGUCUCCUGAGGGAUAGAUCGAGCCGGAUCUGAGGGGGAGAGUGAGGUGUUAUAUAUCGAACGCUGGUCAUGGUUUAGGGUGCGACCUUUAACUAAAUCCUGUUAUCUAGUCUGUAGUCGAUCUUGCUUGGCAAAUUUACAGUCAUGUUACUAUCUCAUUUUGGAGUGCGAAAUGGAAGCAGGAAGCGGAGCCUAUAUACAAUUUCGACUCAAGCAUAGGAAACCUGAAAUAUGUUUGAACUAAUGGUUUCUUAUACAAUGUUUAGGCGUGUUUAAGUAUGUUCGAAGAUCUGGAUCUUAUAAGAAAAUGGAAAAUUUCCUAUGAAACGUUAAUCAGGUAUGUUGAUAAAUAAAUUUUAAUCUUUGCAUAUGUGGGACUACUGGGACAUAAAAUUAUAUUGGCAAUUAUUAAAUUCUUGCUGCACAGUAGAAACUCGUUUCAAUGUUGUAGCAUUAAACGCGUUUUCGUUUGAUAUAACCACAUUUCAGACUCUAGUUAGGGCACUUCAUAAUACAAGUAUUGUUAGCCCGCCCUAUUAACUUAUCCUAUGGAAAAGCCAACAAGAGAUGAUGGAAGGAACCUAUUCAUUGUGUAAUAUUGGAAGUUCUGGUUCAACGUACAAACCCCCAAUGAAUUCUAUAGCUCCGAAGUAAUAUUUAGUUUGGUUUAUUUUAUUAAAUUUGCCAGACACAACUAACACAAUGAUAAUUAAUUACACAUCGCAUAAUUACAAAAUGCGGCAGGAUUGGGUACAGGAGACUAUUGGCCCAAUUGGCAGCCAAUAUUAAAGGAAAAUGGCAAUAGAAAUUGUUGUUUGUGAUGUUACUCUGAGUGUAUAUCCACACCGGGCGAGCUUGAAAAAUAUGCCCGGCCACGGUGGAAAUCGAACCUACGACCUUUGGUAUACUAGCCCAGUAUGGGCUAGUAGGUCGUAGGUUCGAUUCCAAAGGUCGUAGGUUCGAUUCCCACCGUGGCCGGGCAUAUUUUUUCAAGCUCGCCCGGUGUGGAUAUACACUCAGAGUAACUUCACAAACAUCAUAUUCACCUGAGUACACGACACCAACACAGAAAAAAAACAUGUUACUAGAUUACAUUGGUAUCGAAGGAACUAGAUUCUGUUCCGAAAUAUCACUUACUCGAACCAACCUGACCGCGUAGCUCGGUUGGCAGAGCAUUGGGCUAGUAUUCCAAAGGUCGUAGGUUCGAUUCCCACCGUGGCCGGGCAUAUUUUUCAAGCUCGCCGGGUGAGGAUAUACACUGAGAAUAACAUCACAAACAUCAUAUUCACCCGAGCACACAACACCAACACAGAAAAAAAUAAUAGAAAUUGUGUUUGACGUCUAAUUUGAAAGAAUAUUGCGAUUAUUACAACCAAAACAUUCUGCCAUCCGCCAUCUUGUUUUAUAAUUGGAUUUAAUUAAAUGACGUCACAACUAGGAUACACUUGUUAAAACUAAGAAAUAAUGUCAGGGGUAAGCUUGUGCAAGGGCGGGGCUUUGUCAGAGCAAACGCCUUUCACCUCUGAGGAGUCUGAGAUUGUGGGUUUGAUCCUCACAUCGAACUGGUGACACUUAUGUGAAAAGAGUUAGUCAACGCUCUACCAAAAGUCGUGGGUUUUCUUCGUUUACUCCGGUUUCCUCCCACGGGAAAUGUUGACAGGGUGGCCUGGGUGGGUUGGGAUUACCUUCCAAACUCACCCUUCCACCGUAGCUGUGCUCCGUGAUUAGACAUAAGUCGUAAGGCGGCUGCCAGAGGCGCCCUUAGUAAGGCUUCGACUCGAUCAGGUUGAUCGAGCUGCAUCCUUCGUAAUUCAGCUUAGCUCUCAGAUGUAAGCAAAGUUGAUUAGCACAGCCCACUUACUUACUUAAUUGCUUACACAGCUUGUGGUUUAAUUUAAAAUGUACAUGAGUUACGAAAUAGGAUUUAGCAUUAAAAUGACCAGAGAAUUCCUCCAAAUACAAAAUAACUUACCCCGGUUGGAACGUCAUGCACGCAUAUCUGACGAUGGAUAUGGAUAUCCAAGAUGGCGGAAUGUGUAACGAUUUUGUUUGAAAUGAAGGGUAAUAUCUUUUAGUGCAAAAGAACGAUAAAGAAAAUCUGUAAUAAGAUUUUAGAAUUUAUUGUAUCACUGUUCCAAAUAGGAGACUUAACUUUGAUUGGUAAUUAUUUCCUCCCUAUUAAUUUUUCAGAUUUAUCUUGAUGGUAAAGAAAGGUUAUCGAGAACUUCCAUAUCACAACUGGACUCAUGCCUUCACAGUCAGCCACUUCUGUUAUUUACUCUACAAAAAUCUCAACCAAAUCGGAAGCUUUAGGUAAUAUAUAUAUAUAUAUAUAUAUAUAUAUAUAUAUAUAUAUAUAUAUAUAUAUAUAUAUAUAUAUAUAUAUAUAUAUAUAUAUAUAUAUAUAUAUAUAUAUAUUGCGAUUUAGAUACGUAUUUUUACUUGUUGAAAACCAUAAAAGCAUUUACUUGUGUUAAAAAACCCGGCCCGCGGCCAACCGACAAUUUAAGAAAAUAUAAAAAGCAACAAAUCCCGAAUUAUAAUAAUGCCAAAUCUUUUUUUUUAAAAGGACGAACGUUUUGAAUUUCGAAUGUUGAAUUAUUAUUAUUAUUCGGAAUUUGUUUGUUUUUGUAUUAUGUUAAAAAAUCUAAAGAGUUUGAUAUUUUUACAAAAGUCACGCAACUGCCGUUGCUAGGGUAACAAUGAUGUUUCAAUAUGGCGAAUAUUUUGGCUUUAAAGUGAUUUGUUUUGGCUUUAAAAUUUUGGCUUUAAACGACAUUUAUUUAUUUCAUAAAAUAAUUUCCCUUAUAGUAUAUUCCAUUAUCUUGACAAUUUAAAAAGAAUUCUGUUGAAAAGUUGAAAACGUAAUUUGAAAAUUUUUGGCUCAACAGAAUUUUUUUAAAAUAAGAUAAUUGAAUAUACUAUGAUAAAAUCCUUUUAUGAAAUAAAAUUUGGGGAUCACCGAUGUCGUUUUCGAACUAAAUUACUUUAAAGCUAAAAAUAUUCGCUACGACUCGAUAGAGCACAUUUUCAAGAUACUUAAUGCCCGGUCACACUACACAACGAUAACGAUACCGUACGGUAACUUGUAAACAUGAGAUGAUAGGCAAAAAAAAAUUAUGUUAGUGUCCACACUACAACGAAAAUAUAAAAUUAUCGUUUGGUGAUAACGAUUUUUUCAGUCGGACGAUAGCGUUGAAUUUUUGACCAAUCAGGGCGUGUAUACAAGUUAUCGUUAUCGUUGUGUAGUGUGACCGGACCACCUGACUUUUUGAAGUGUUAAAUUUCAUAUUUAAAUUCACGUUUGGUUUUAAUUCAGAUAAUUCAAUUCGAUAAUUCGGUCCAUAUCCAAACAGCUUAAUUUUUGCCCAAUGAAUGCAAUAAUUUGCCGACUCGUUCAUGAGUGGAGGGUGUUCGACUCCCCUAGGAAUACUCUACACCCUCCACCUUGGCUUAACACCGCAAUCAUGCGAUUUAGAUGAUUGUAUUUCUUUAUUUUAUAGCGAUAUGGAGAUCCUUUCGCUCUUUGUUUCAUGUCUUUGUCACGACUUGGACCAUCGAGGAACUAAUAAUGCCUUUCAAGUAUCUUAUGUAAGUUGUUUGUAAAUACUAGAGACCUUACGAUUUUAGGACGGCUACGCGACGACGACUGCCAAAACAAACUCUUUCAAAUCAAUGGUAGUAAAGAUAAUUCGUGGUACAUUAUCAAUCGUAUGAAUUUAAUACAGUCUUAGAAGUUGAAGACAUGGGUUUUAUGGUUGGGAAGAGUUCUCCUGAACCCAGUUUGAAGAUGCACUUGUUGCGGCUUGGAAUGCAGCCGUUGUAUCAAGACGUGAAAAUCUGUGAUUUGGCGUUGUAAACAGAGCGAGGAUAAUGUCUAAAUCAUUCACAUAUUCUAAUUUUUCAAUUCUUUUCAAUGAUCUAUUGUAUUGGUAGCCGUUGCCGUCGCGUUGCCGUCCUAAAAUCGUAAGGUCUCUAUUAUGAUGUCGAAAGAGCAAGCGCCUUUGACCUAUGAGAUUGUGCGUUUGAUUCUUUCUUCGCCCACUAUGUGAAAAUAUACUACACUAUAUACAGGGUGUCUAAAACGCUAUGGAAAUUCAACAGGCUGUUGUGCAUCACAAACUUAACUAAACAAUUCAAUUUUUACAUAGGACGAAAGAGCUGUUAUUAGCUUCUCUAUGAUGAUAUUUUUCUUAAACCGUAACGAUGAGCAAUGGCCACAUACUCGUCAAAUAAAAAUUUUCGGUCGAAAUCACAUUCUUCCACCUUCAAUCACAUUCUUUAUGCAAAUUUAAUCAAUCCAGAAGCACCGCGAGUCUGCUGCAAGGUACUUGUUUCGUAAAACGUUUUGAUUACGAAUGUUUUCUGUACAGGGGUUAAUUGAACCAUGUUUAAUGCAAUAAUGGACGUUCUCAACCUCCGUCGCAGGGACUUUCCAAAAAGACCCUGGGUACGAGGAUGGGACGUUCUUAUGGUCUCACUAAGACGAAGAUUGACGAGUUCAGCUGAACUAGAUAAUUUAACGUUCAAUUUUAAUUCCCUGUUGGGAAUUGUUUAUGUUUCGUUUUUCAUGCAAUUCCCAACGGUGGAAGAAUGUGAUUUCGACCGGCAAUUUUUAUUUGACGAGUAUGUGACCAUUUCUCAUCGUUACGAUUUAAAAAGUGUAUCAUUGAAAAGCUAAAUAACUGUUCUUUCGUCCUAUGUAAAAAUUGAAUUGUUUAGCCACGUUUAUGAUGCACGACAGCCUAUUGAAUUUCCAUAGCAUUUUUUUAGACACCCUGUAUAUUCAAUAACUGUUGUUGAUACCCGAGACAUACAUUUUUGUUCUAGAACUCGCUCCUGGCUGCCUUAUACAGUUCUGAGGGAUCAGUCAUGGAGGUACAUGCAUGUACACGCAGUUGCAAUAUCGUAGAUUAUUCUCAUCAUUUUUUUUUUACAUGAUUUUCUUUUCAGCAAUAUAUUAAUGUUGACAUUUUGCUUUAUCCCUAGAGACACCACUUUGCUCAAACAUGUUGCAUAUUGAGCACAGAAGGAUGUAAUAUAUUUGAGAACUUGAAUGGAAAAGUAAGUGAUUGAUAAAUAGCCUUAAUCAUGCUGCAAUGAUCACUGGUUUAAUCUGUCCACUUUAUAAAUCAAUUUCGCUUUUUUUCUUUUCACAGGAAUAUCACGAAAUAAUGGAUUUAACAAGAAAGAUAAUUUUAGCUACGGACUUAUCACAUCACUUCAAAAUACUAAAAGAUCUGAAAAAACUCGCACGAGGUAAAAUUUGUAUGAACAACGUACAGUUGUACCAGGCUAAAUUAGAUUUGAAAUGCUCACAUGCUUGAAAAUGGAUGGAAGAAAGCCCUCAAAUGCCUCACAAUUGUUGCAUGAAUGAGGCUGAGCAUGAUAUGAAAAAUUUUCACGUUUGAAGUUUGUGUUGUCAAACGAAGCCAGAUGCUAAGGUUGAUAACAUAAAAUUCAGGCUUGUCAAUUCUUCAUAUCUGGCGAAAACCGAAUUCAAUAAUUGUUUUAUUUCUUUAUUUAAAAUAUGAAAAAGACAUCCAUUAAGAUGUCACCGUCGUCACGUCGUUGAAUAUUAUGUAAAGUAUUGAGUUGAUAUUACGAUUUCACAGUUGGCUGUUAGCCAACUUUGGAAUGUGAUCUCAUAACAUAAUAAUUUAUGACAACUUUGAAAUUUAGGUACUCCCCUUUUAGAUUAAAAAAGAUCGUCAAGUUUAGAUUAGGGUUAGAUGAUUAAGGUUAGAGAUUCAACAUGCGUCGCGAAUUUAUUGUAUUAAUAAAUUCGGACGUGUUUAUAACAAUUUAAAAAUUUUGAAAAAUUCUGACGAGUAAGAAAAAAAUACGUUUGGUGGACGCGUUUACCUAAAAUUUCCCUUGUUCUGCCCGACACUAUAAAACAAUAAAUAAUCAAAAAAGUACAGCUACCGAACAACGUGCGAUCAGUUGUGUAACUCAACCAACGUUGUAUCAAAAUUUGAAGAUAACCCGAGUUUCGAAACCGCAAUUUUGUGCGUUCAUUUCGCAGGAAAUCCGCAUUUUCGGGUCAAGGCAGAACGAGAAAAGUUUUAAUUUAACGCUCACCAAACGUAUUUUUUUUGUAAUCUGCAGCAUUUUGCUGGCUUUCUUCACUGAAAAUUUGGUAACGACCAAUCUACCAAAACGCGCGUCAAUCGUGUGAUGUGACCUUAAACUCACCGUAAAACUCUCUGAAGUUUCCCCAACCUUCCGAUCAUGUCAAUUCCAAUUAAUUAUGGCCACCACUAUCAUUCUGCUAUUUUAGUUGGUUUCAAUCCAUCCGAUGAGACUCAAAGAGAACUGUUGUUGUACCUCAUGAUGACGUCAUGCGAUUUGUCUGACCAAGUCAAACCGUUUGAUUCAGCUAGCGCUGCAGCGGUAAUGGAAUUCAAUGUUUUCUUCUUUAGAUCAUGAUUCCUAUUUGAUUUUAAAAAAUUGAUAGAUUCUUUCUUUUAAAUAGUAAAAAAACUUUGGAAUUUGUUUGUGACGACGUUGGAGUGAUAUUGUACUUUAGUUUCAAUAUUUUUAAAACAGCUUAUAUGACAUUAAUUUUCUUUCAUAUCGCGUAGGACCUCGUCUAUGCAGAAUAUUUUUCUCAAGGAGAUCUGGUGAGUUGGAUUCAAUCAUUAUUGGGUUAACUAUUGUAUUGCUCGUGUUUUAUUAUAUAUUAAAAUAAAAUAAUGUCUACUCCCGAGGGAAAUAGUUGAGAGAGAAAGAAACAUUGAGAUUCGAGGGGAAACAAAACUAUUUCCCGAGGGAACACAGACAUUCAUGAAUAUGACAAAAACUCUAUAUAGUGAAAAUAAAUUUAAAAUUACAAGAACUUACUCAAACAGUCUCAGCAGCAUAUUAUGUUGUGUGUUGUGUACUUUUCUUCUCUUUUACAUUCUUUAUUUUAACACAAACUUGGAAAAUCGUAUAGUGUAUAAACUUGCGAGUUGUGUCGCCAUUUUGUUUAUUCAUGUACGUAGCCGGUCGGGGCGGGCAAUAAUUCUUGACUUGUUGCCCCAUGUUUGCCCAAUCACGUUUGGCGUUCACCCUAGCUAUAUAACAACUACAUUUGUUCUACUCUGCUCUGCUCUGCAUGGGUUAUCCAAAGUUGUCAAUUGUGUGGCAACGACGUAAUACAGAUUUUGUGCAUUACUGUAUACAAUAUAUUAGUCCAUAUCAGCUUAGGUUGAUUCCCAAGUAUUUCAAAAUCGUACAGUGCAUAUAAGUUCAAUGAUUCAGAACAAUCUACAGUAGACGUCAGUUUCUUGAAAUAGUUCAUAUUGGAGACGUCAAGGCCUAAUGUUACCUUUGCUCUUUAGGAAAAAGCAAUGGGGUACAAACCAUCAGAAAUGAUGGACCGAGAUCGAGCAUGCAUUCCAAAGCUACAGAUCGAUUUCAUUGAUGGUGUUGUACAUCCAACAUAUAGGUAAGAUGUAGAGUAAAGCUUUUCACUUGCAAUAGACAACUUGCAUGUUAGACUAAUUUUUGAUUUAGGCAAAAAAAGUAAUUUCCCAUAAAGAACUUAAAAUCAGUAAAUUGCAAAAUUUGGUUACGAAAUGUUGUAAAAUAUAGAAUAUAUAGCCUUGCGAAGUUUGCAUAUUUUCAGUAUGUUUGUAUUACGUGCGGAAAUUGUUACCAUUUUCGGCUCAAAAAUGGUAACAAUUUCCGCACGUAAUACAAAUAUACUGAAAAUAUGCAAACUUCGCAAGACUAUAUUUUCUGUAUUUUACAACAUUUCGCAACCAAAUUUUGCAAUUUUACUAACUCCAUUAUGUUAUUUUUAACUGUUGUGUUUGAUUCCCUUCUCUUCACUUAGAUUAAAAUUUAGUCUAACAUGCAAUUUGUCCAUUGACAUGACCAUAUUGUCAUGACCUUGUCAUGGUCACUGAUGUGAAAUAUAGUUUGGUACUAUAACUUCAUUGUGCCAUGAGAUAUUUAGACACUGUAAUACAUCGGCCACCUUGAAAUGGCUUAACCCACGAUUAGAAAGAGCUAGCUCGUCUGAGCAUGCGUAGAUUGUACAACCUGUACUGAAUGCUAAUGAGCGAUCUACCAAAUUCAUUCAAGGUAUUAGUGGGCAAAGUAUUUGAUACCAUGCAAGGAAUACUCAGCGACAUGACAAUUUCUGGUCGUGUUGUUGCUCGGGGGGAAACCUACUGUAUGUGCCAACGAUUAACAAACCUGAUUGUGAUCAUGAACGUGAUGACUUUGACGCGAACUGCAAAUAUAUUACACUGUGUUUCAUUCAGAAAAAAUCUUAACUGGCCAAUUUCCACCGAAUACAUUCUUGAUGCCGUGACCGGCUGUGGUCAGUAUCUUUUUUGGGCUUUUUCAAAGCCCAAACAUACUAAGACAUCUUGUCGAAGUUUGACAACGCGAGCAUAUGUAUAUGAGAAAUUAAUUGUGUUGUGAACGAACUUGCUUUAAGGUGGCUCGCUACAGUUUAUAGAAAUGUUGAAAAUGCGUAAACUAGAUCACCUUUUUGUAGAGAUGAUGCUCUUUACAAAUCGAAAUUUGUAUAUUUUAUAUACAGCGACAAUCAAACAGUCGAAAGUUGCUCAGAAAAGUGACGUCACUACUGUUGCUAUGGCAACAAUGACGAUUCAAGAUGGCCGAUAUUUUGGCUUUGAACGCAUUUUACUUUAAAAACAGGUCGGUUACCCCCAUUUUUUAUUUCAGAAAACAUUUUCUUAUAGUACAAUACACUAUCUGACCAAUUUUUAAAAAAUUCUGUGAUGCCAAUUUUUUUAAAAAUUUAUAAACAUGGUUUUUCGAAAUAAUUUUUUUUUUUGCAUUACAGAAUUUUUUUAAAAUUGGUCAGAUAGUGCAUUGCACUAUAAGAAAAUGUUUUCUGAAAUAAAAAAUGGGGGUAACCGACCUUUUUUUAAAGUAAAAUGCGUUCAAAGCCAAAAUAUCGGCCAUCUUGAAUCGUCAUUGUUGCCAUAGCAACAGUGGUGACGUCACUUUUCUGACCAAUUUUCGACUGUUUGAUUGUCGCUGUAUAUAUAAUAUACAAAUUUCGAUUUGUAAAGAGCAUAAUCUCUUCAAAAAGGUGAUCUAGUUUACGCAUUUUCAACAUUUCUAUAAACUGUAGCGAGCCACCUUAACUAUUGGCUGUGUCUAUUUCACCUGCAGAUUACUGGCUGAAAUAUUUCCUGAAAUGGAUGUUUUAUGUACUGUAAUUGAUGAAAAUAAAAAACAUUGGAAGGAGAUCGAAGCAAGUGGAGAAUAUCGAAAAUUUGAAGUUCCGUCUACUUACAGCGCUCCACUUUCUCCGUUACCGCAGUUUGAAAAAUGCAAAAUUGAACGAAAAUUGAAUGCACUGCAGCUUAAUACGUGGCCAGAUAAUGAUUCCGAAACGUCAAAACAUAGCUAUACCAACACGUCGCUACGGACAAAUGGGGAAGGUGAGACAAAAACAGCUACGUGAGAUCUGCAAUUACACACCACAAUGAGUGAACGUAGAGUGGUAUAUACAUCCGAGAGAAGCAGCACCACGUUGGAGGAUCUCGUGGAUGGCAAUGGACACUUCCCAUAUAUGCUGGCUGGCAAUGAAAACUACUCGUUAGUUACAAUGGAUUACAUUGUCCGCCUCGAUUUCAAGCAGUUGUUUCAUGUGCACUCACGCAAAUUCGGGAAGUGUCUUUAAACCUUCACAACCUCGUUCCAGGACGAUUUUCGCGCGGUUUUUGUUAGUACAUUUUCCGAAGUUGUCUCGUUGACUAAUUUCUAUAGUUUAGGCGAUAUUUUUUGAACAAAUUUAGUACCUGUACUGUUGAACAUUCUUGAUAUAGGCUUUCUUUUCCUAUAUUUUAUUUAAUUUUAAAUUAUUUCCUUUACCAAUGUCUCCAUCUUCUUCGAUAUCGAAACAGGAGAAAUAUUUCGAAUACGGACAAUAAAACAUUCUACAAAAUACCAAGCACAAUAAAUACCAUAGCAAAACGACCCCUUUAAUAAGGUUAACAACAUGUGUAUACAAUAACUUUCAAUAUUUUUGCUGCUUUUUCAUGCAACCAUAUUUCAACACAAUUCGGCAAAUGUACGAACCAAGACCGCGCUGAAAAGCCUCAUGGAACGCGGUUGUGCAGUUAUCUUGGAAAGGGUCUAUACAGAGCAUAACUCCGCGCGUUCUUGUAGAUAGCGACAGUUCUUCUUGUUUGAAAUCAUAAUAACGCCAUAAUUAACAAAACUAAUAACGCCAUAAUUAACAGAUUUUAAAGCUAUGACCUUUGACGUACGUGAUGGUAGAAAAACGUCGACUGUUUCACUCCGAAUAUCGUAAAAAUCCUAUACCUUUGAUUGACGUCUUUAAAAAACAUGGACCUUAAACAAGCAGGCAUGUGACUGGAACUGACAGAGAUUUAUAGGAAAAAAAUUUAAAGGAUACGGUGCAGUCCGUUCUGCUCAUGCGUACAUUUGAACCUACUGAUCUUGAUACAAGCAGUUUAACUUGGUUGUGUGUUCUUGCAAGGUCUGGUUGUGCUACCUUGAUCAUGUAUUUUACUGUAGUGGCAGAAAAAUAUAUUAAAGUUAUCCCAACGUCGUUUAUAAAGUUAUUAUUUGGGUACAAAAAAUGUAAACAAAGCUGACAUGUGCAAACGGGACUGUAUCGCACCUUUAUGGAAACGCCUUAAGCAGAAUUUGUAUUUACCCAUCUUUUGGUAUUACAUUUUCCUUUCUAUGAUAUAAAAGAAGAAAUGAGCUACAUAAACAUAUUCGCGCAUGUCUUAUUCGCUUACUUUAAUAACCCUUUGUCCAUUAAUUACCCAGACAUUACAACUUAGAGCUCGAAGUUUACAGGCGUAAACCUACAAAUUUUGUAAUACUGUACCCAACGUUUUUGGAAAGGCGCUUUUUUGCCAAAUUCUGACUUGUUCUACACAAUAUAAUUGACAUGUGUAUCAAGAAGUUUUGUUUUUACAGUAACAACAGAUGUCAUUGCGUUACUGUGCUGUGCUUGUUUGAGUUCCCUAUGCUGCGAUGUCGAGCUAUUAAAGUUUGGAACGGAAACAUGCAUGCAGUGUUUUCCCAAGGGUUUGGCAAAUACACACAAGGCGUCGCCAAAAUAUCCCAAGACGCUUGAAAAUCUGGCCCAGUCCAUCUCCAUGACGAGCCGAUAGGAAAGUAAAAAAAUGUAGUUUCGUUUAACAAUAUUCACUAAGGAGAUAACACAAAAGAUUCAUGCGUCUUCUUGAUAUAUUGCCAAUGCUUACAAAUGCAAUCGCUAACACUUGCAAGAAAACCAGUGGCAUGCCAAACUUAACUGGAAACCAUAGUUGUAUUGUGAAAAUGGUACAUUUUGCCUCGACCAAUUAGACUCCACAGCACUGGAUUAUUCCCGUUUACUAUUUACACACAAACCUUUUGCACAAUUAUAUAUACAGCAUCAAUAUACUUGGAAACAAAGCUGUUUAGGUUAUAGUUGGUUUGUUUGUUGUGGAAAUACCGCGUUUGUUUAUGAAAUAUAAAGGCAUGAAUACUAGCCUGUGUGGCAGACAAUCUGCUGGCGCCAUUGAAAUUAAUAUAACUGGAACGCUACCUUAGAUAAACUGCCUAUCUUUUUAUUGAAGUUAUGUCUCGCGAUUCUCUCGCGGUACACUUUUAUCGCCGAAUAAACAAUUAUUAGAAAAAACUAAAAGUAAAGUCUACAUGGAAGCUGUUAAAAAGCUUUUUUUUGUAAGUUUUAGGCCGGUUUUCAAGAACACAUAUUCAUGUUGACCAUAGAUAUCUUAUGAUGUUGACCAAUCGACCGCGCUUGUCGCAUGCGUGCAAUUACGCAUGGGACGGCCUUCAAAUUUCCGUUUGGAGGUAACACCGCGGUCAAAUGUCCGCGCGUAGUACUGCUUCUUUUCAAAAGACUGGAAAUAGUGUUGUCUUCACACGAAGCUCUAGCAAAUUACGAGUGCUUAAACUCAGUAUAACUUUGUCUUGACCCAAGGAAAAAACACUGGAGUUCCCUUAUAGCUUCAGCCGUUUCCUUACAGUAAAAGCUUUUCAUUUUCCGUAUUUACUAUUAUUUUGGCAGACAUUUCCCCCGCCAUUUCCGUAUGCUCGCACAUGUGUUUUACGUUUGAACGCGGUGUUGUUGGAGGCAGUGUUCCAGUUAUAUUAUUUCAAUGGCCUGCAUGCACUGUGUGCAAUGCACGCUCCAAAAACAAAUCAACUAUAUUAACACUGCAUGGCAAUACAAUGAAUUUAUUAGAAAACUGAUUGGUUUGCACGAUCCAUUUGAGGUUUUUGUUAAUCAAGUCUAAUAAAUAAUACUCGAAACAAGGGUAUACGCACUGUACAUUACUACUGUAGUACAUUACUACUGUAUAAUAGAAAAAGUAAAGUUAUACUUUAUCAUGUAUAUAUAUUUUAAGUUAAUAUAUUUACUAAGUUAACAAAAUUUAGUUGGACCAUUAUAUAAGUUUAAUAAUCAUUUGUGC